UCCUUCUUUAGUUUCUCUUUCUUCCUUUUAAAAAAGCCUAACCCAAUACCCACCUUCUUUGGAUUCUUCUUCUUUCUUGGUUUUUACUUGUGUUCUUCUUCUUCCUUAACAAUCUCUCAACAUGUACCUGUUUUAACAUCACACAUUUCCUUGUUUUCCUCACACUCUACACACAUUGUGUCUUGUCUUUGUACAUUUAGAAUUUGAUCUGAAACAAUGACAAAGAUAAGUCCUGAAAUCGAGGAAAAUAUGCUUACAGUAUCUGUUCAGCCAGUUUCAGCCGAUGUGAGUUUUACUUCUAAUUGCUUCCCAAAAUAUAAAUUAGGACCAGAUAACCAGAUUGUGGAAGAGCCAAAGGAGGAUAGCAAGGGUUUAUCCUUAAAGGAAGUUGUUGAACAAGAGACUGUCCAGUUGACUGGGCAGCACAAGCGGCUGUCAGUUCGUGACCUUGCCAGUAAAUUUGACAAGAACUUGACUGCUGCUGCCAAAUUGGCUGAUGAGGCAAAGCUUAGAGAGGUGGCUUCCUUGGAGGGGCAUGUUCUUUUGAAAAAGCUUAGAGAUGCAUUAGAAGCUUUGAGAGGCCGUAUGGCUGGGCGAAACAAGGAUGAUGUAGAGACAGCUAUCUCUAUGGUGGAGGCUCUAGCAGUUAAGUUGACCCAAAAGGAAGGAGAACUAAUUCAAGAGAAGUUUGAAGUGAAAAAACUGGCAAACUUUCUUAAACAGGCUUCUGAAGAUGCUAAAAAGUUGGUUAACCAGGAAAAAUCUUUUGCUUGUGCUGAAAUUGAAAGUGCUAGGGCUGUGGUACAGAGAUUUGGAGAGGCUCUUGAGGAGGAAGAAAGAAAUUCCCCUGAACCUAAAACUCAGGAUGUUGAGGUAUUGGUAGAGGAGGUUCAAGAGGCUAGAAGAAUUAAACGAUUGCAUCAACCAACCAAGGUAUUGGAUAUGGAACACGAGCUUCGUGCACUAAGAGCUCAGCUACGAGAGAAAUCACUGUUGUCGGUUAAGUUUCAAAAACAGCUGGCAAUGAGCAAGAGGGCUGAGGACAAUAAGUGUCACUUGUACUGCUUAGAUGGUUCUGAAACCCUGGGCUCAUAUCUGCGAAUCCAGCCUUGCUCAGAUAUUUCUCCUCAGCUUUCAAAAUGUACAAUUCAGUGGUAUCGUGUGUCACCUGAUGGCAGCCAAAGGGAAGCUGUCUCAGGUGCCAAUAAAUCAGGGUAUGCUCCUGAGCCCUUUGAUGUUGGACAAGUUUUACAGGCCGAUAUUCAUUUAAAUGGCCAAAAAGUCACAGUUUCCUCUGCUGGUUCCAUAGAACCUGAUACAGGAUUGGGAAGCAAUGUGGAGACACUUUUGCGGAAAUCUAGCAGUGAAUUUACGGUGGUUAUUUCCCAAAUGAAUGGACAAGAUUAUUCUUCGCAUUCUAACCAUGUAUUUAAUGUGGGGAAGAUGAGGAUUAAGCUCUGUAGAGGGUGGAUCACAAAGGCCAGAGAAAAUUAUCACACAUCAAUGCAGCUAUGUGGAUUUAGAGGUGAUGGUAAUGUUGCAGCCAAGUCUUUGUUUUGGCAAGCUAGGAAGGGGCUCUCUUUUGUAUUAACAUUUGAUUCAGAGAGAGCGAGAAACACAGCUAUUACGAUUGCUAGAAAACAUGCUCUUGAUUGCAAUGUGAUGCUUGCUGGACCGGAGGAUCGAGUAUAGGAGUAAAUUUUAACUAACUGAGCUUUCACAAAUGUUAGUAUUUAAAUUAGGUUUUGUUAGUGUGAGUAAUGUGUAUGUGUGUGUGUUUGGCAUAUGAUUUUGUGUAAUUGGUUUCUACUAAUUUUGUUUUCAUUUGUUUUAGGCAUUGUUUUUGUGUUGCCUAAGCAUUUGUUGUAAUGAGUUUCUCUGCUUUUAAUUAAUUUGUUCAUUUUGGCUCA